GUCACAAUCAUAUGGAAUGAAUUACAGUAAACCAACAGCAAACAAUUAUUCGGCUUGAAUACAAAGUGGUAUUUCAGUUUGAGAUUGCAUGUGUUGUGCUAUGUUACAAAAUAUCGUUCUUAAAUUCUUGUGCUGACUUAAAGUGAAACAAAAUGAAUGUUCUACAAAAACUGACCUCCAUAUCUUCACCGGGACUGACGAGAAGUUUUACGGUUUCAGCUCUAAAUAAUGCAAAGUAUUCAUGCAAAUUACUUGUAGUAGGAGGAGGUUCAGGCGGAUGCGCUAUAGCGGCGAAAUUUGCAAGGCACUUGAAGAAAGACGAAGUUUAUAUAUUGGAGCCUAGUGAGGACCAUUACUUCCAACCACUGUGGACUCUGGUCGGAGCUGGUGUCAAAACAGUCUCACAAACUCGUCGGCAGAUGAAAGAUGUGCUGCCCACUAAGGCGAAAUGGUUGAAAGAUGCUGCUGUUUCAAUCGAACCAAAAUCAAACUUAGUGAAGACAAGAGAGGGGCAUGAAAUACAGUAUGAGUACCUUGUUGUAUGUGCUGGAUUGCAGAAUGAUUACGGCAAAGUGCCUGGGUUGACAGAGGCUCUCAAGCACCCUGCUAGCGGCGUGUCGACGAUAUACGCAGCGGAUUACUGCAGCAAAACAUGGUCGGACCUCAAGUCCUUUAAGGGCGGAGAGGUGAUGUUUACUUAUCCCGACACGCCCAUCAAGUGUCCAGGGGCGCCACAGAAGAUUGCUUACCUCGCUGACGCUUAUCUGAGAAUGUCGCACGUGCGCUCCAAGUCGAAUCUGACCUACAACACGUGCUUACCGGUGAUAUUUGGCGUGAAGAAGUACGCGGAGACUUUACUCAAGGUGGUGGAGCGGAAGAACAUACACGUCAACUACAAGACUGUGCUCAAGGAGGUGCGACAGGACAAGAGGGAGGCUGUAUUCCGCACCACUGACGAUAAUAAGGAAGUAGUCCUGCCAUACAACAUGCUGCACGUGACUCCGCCCAUGAAGACCCCUGACUUCCUCCGCAACAACCAGGACAUAGCUGAUGCUGCAGGGUUCCUGGAAGUAGACAAGUACAAUCUGCAGCACACCCGAUACCCCAACAUAUACGGACUCGGGGACUGCACCAAUACGCCCAAUAGCAAGACCGUAGCUGCAGUGGCUAAGCAGCUAAAAGUGGUGGAAACCAAUUUGCUAUCUACGAUGAGUCGCGGCGCGGCCCACGCCCAGUACGACGGGUACGGAGCGUGCCCCCUCCUCACGGAGUACGGCAAGUGCGUACUCGCAGAGUUCGUGUACGACGGGGUGCCCCACGAGACGAUGCCUUUCAACCAGGCGCAAGAGAGCACGAUAGCUUACUACAUGAAGAAGGAUCUGUUCCCGUUUCUGUACUGGCAGUUCAUGGUGCGAGGGUACUACAAUGGCCCGGAGUUCGUCAGGAGAAUCAUAAACCCGCUAGCUAAGUAGCCCUUUAUUUAAACUACACCCGGAGACCAAUACUCUAAGGAUAUCGUUUGUGAUGCGAAAUAUUUGUGCGAUAUUGUUCAAACAACUCGGUUGUACGCUUUGACAUCUGUGAGUGCUUGGAAUGGCGACAGCUUGUGACGGCCAGAAUUCAGAUGAUUGCAUUGUAACAUUUUUUUUACUCAUUUUUUUAGCGUUCUCCCUCUUUAGGGAAGGCAAAGGGAACAAUGCCCAUACAGCCUAGUCUUCAGUUUUCGUUGUUCUUUUUUUUACAUUAGAAUGUGGAUGUGACGCAUUCUAAUGUUUUUUGGGGUGUUUGGCACGAAAUGUAUCGAGUCAGCUUUCUUGAUAAGCUUCUGUGUGGUAGUCAACACUAUAAUAAAGUUCCCACGUCCUUUUGACCGCAAUAGCGUAUUUUAAAGAUUCCACAAAUUCUUCAGUUGUGCUGAAGGUUGCAACACAAAAUCACGCCAAUUUUAUUUCACAAUUUCCACUAUGAACGAAUUAAAGAAUAAUUAAAAUAAGACGCCUCACUCGAUGAGAUCCCG